AUGGCCUACGACUAUGGCUCCGCUCCCGACGGCGGUCGCCGCCGCGUGCGGUUCAGCCAGGACAGCUACGAUGUUCCAAUGCCACCAAGACCACAGCAACCCGCCAUCGUCGGUCGUGCAUCUCGACGGGUGGGGUUCGCUGGCAGCCGUGAGGCGUCUGACCUUGACGUCGACCGGCGACAGCACGUUCAGGUGCUGCGCAACCAGGUCCCAGAACCAGUGCCCAGUUACAAGCAGGCUACGCGUCGCCGCGAACCCGUGUACAUGUACCUUGCGGGGGGGCGCGAACCGGAGCCUCAGCGCAACUUCGACGUCGUUGAGCCGAACCCUUCAUCUGCUUCGCGUAUUCCUCGGUAUAAACGGUCGUACUCGGGUCGGUCCCCGUCACCCCCAUCACCGCCCGUGCGAUAUGCCGAGUCUCCGCAGCCGUACGAGCCCGUCGUGGAGACAAGGACAGAGCAGUUUGUGAGGCCAGUACCUCGGGUGGAGACGGCGACUUACACAGUUCCACGCCGAUUUCAAGCCGGCAGGUCGAGAAGUCGAAGCAGAAGCCGAAGCCGAAGCAGGGAUCGAGACAGAUCACGCAGCCCUCCGAAGCCAUCAGCGUACUUUGACGAAGUGCCGCGCAUGCAGCCGCGAACUGCAGAGCCCGAAGUCUUCAUCAUUCCCGACGACCCUUGGCAGGGCGAUGACCUGGAUGCUUUUGACGAUUUCGCCUUCACCUUUCAUACUGGUGAUUCGAAAGACAAAGACUUGUCGGAUCUAGAGUCCCCUGGGGUAGAAACUGAAUCUACGCAAAGGGACGAGCCUAACGGUGGAUUUCGAAACUCAAACGCGACGGCCAUCUACGCUUCUCACUACACGGGCAGCGCAGAGUUCGGCGGGACGCACGUGGCGACGCUGACGGUGCUUCACGACCCGAGGAAGCUCAAACGCCCCUUGUUUAACUGGCUCCAUAUCCAACAAGACGUCAUGAACUUUGGUGAGUUUUGGGCGGACGUGUCACGCCAGGUACACUUCUCGGAAUUGGAGAGAACGGCAAUUGCAAAACUGCGAGCGGAUGUGAAGAAGCAUGCAGUCAAAUCACGGCAGAACCCAAAAGGCAGCAAAGUCGGCUACAUGGAGCCACGCUGCUUCGAAGUGCCUCUGAAGUCAGUCCAGAAGAAGCAGCUGCGCACUCCCGACACACCCCUUGGCUCCGCUCGCUGGAUUUGCAUGCCGUACUUUACACUCAAACAGUAUUCUGGGCUGCUCUCGGCGUCGAAUCUUGCGUCCUUUCCCCCACAGACGCUGCUUCAGUCACAAUAUUCGCGAACGACCCAGCAGAGGGACAUGCAGCAGGCGGUAUGCAAGCUCGGGUCUGUUCCUCGAGGACAGUGCUUCCAUAUAGCUCAGCUCUGGAGCUUGGUAAUCGACAAUAGCCUUCUCGUGACAUGUGGCUCAAUGGCACAGUCAGAUCUAUAUGGAGAGUCUUUAGUUGUGAACCAACAGCCCUCAAAAGAGAAGAGCAGCAUUCCUUCCGGGCGCAUCCUCGUCUCCUAUGGCAAUGCAGUCCUUUGGGAGCUCGCUGUCGAAGAUUGCCCGACUUGGUUUGCAUUCCUGUCACAAUUUCAGGCUUUUUGGCCACAAAAUUUGCAGUUCAAGCAUGGAGAUGAGACUGUGACAGCGGCGAUGUGGCCCAAGAUUCUGAAGCUUGCCACGCGCCCGCAGGGAAGAGUGACUUUGACUCUCAAGACGAUCGCCCCUCCAGAUCCACCCAGAUCUGUUCUGAAGCCUGAAAUACAGGAGCACCUCGAGCCUAAGAAGCCGGGCACGCAGCCAACUGAUCCGGAGUAUCUGCAUCUUCUCUGCCUUCGGCCCGCAGACCAACCAGCUGCGGCCGCUGCCACUCCGAAAACCCUGGUGGCGAAUCUCAAGACGCAGCUAGCCGCGGCGGAGAAGUAUCUCCUGGAGCAGACUUCCUUCUCCGAGCAGCGCGCGUACAAAGUCUGUGACCACGCUACUCGAGGAGACAUCUAUACGUACUUGAGAGACAUGGCCUCAAAGGUUGAAGCGAAGGGCAGUGAUUCGGCCCAGCGCAUGUAUCAAGAUCGCAUUGAUCUUUUCAACACAGCGGACAGCCUCUUUCAGUUAUUCUUUCCGAAGGAUUUCGAGGGACCAUCGACUGGAAAGUUUUGGGGGACUAUAAAAGCAGCGAUCAUACCGAUGCCGAAUCUCGACGGCGCCGAAGAAGUGCUUACUGGGCCUGCCGGCGAUCUCAAGACUUUCCUCAGCGGCAUGCCCUCGGAUAUAUACACCUUUCAAGGUAUCGUAUCGAACGCCUCUACCAAAGAACGAUCCGAAAUCGACAUGCCGCGGGAGUUUGUGACGGCAUGGCUGCACAUAGCAUCUGGGAUCAUCGGCACCCGAGAUAGGAGCGGUAGUUGGUUUGGGCACAUGACCAAAGCCAAGAUGUUGAUCUUGGACGGCAUGAGAAAGGUUAUCCAGAGCAUAUCGAGCACGAACCUCCUGGACCGGGCUGCAGUCUUGCCCAUGGACGUCAUGUCGUUGAUCACAAUGGAGUUGCUGCAAGAUCAGGUGGGCAAGGCAGACGAUAUCGCGGACACGUAUUCUCAGUUUCUCAGCUCUCUGGACACGGACAUAACCACGAAGCCAUCAGACCGCUCCUACCAACACAGCAUUGAGCUCGUCCAGCAGGAGAUGGCAGCUGUCAAAAGGACGCUGACGAGACAGCGUCACAUCAUCACGAAUCUGGGUCAAGGGAUACUCGCAGGUCCUGGCGACGACGCGAGGGGUCAUUGGAGCCGGCCGGACAAACGCAACGUGGCGAACAAUCCGAAACUCGAGUAUAAUCGCUACGACAACGUGCGAUAUAAUGUGCCGUGGGAUCUUGCGAACAGAAAAGGGGCGAAUGAUUACAUGAAUUUUGAUGACCAAGUGGCAGAGGACCUCGAAUCUGCAUCCAAGCUCUCGCCUACGGAUCCGCUGGGAUUCCGCGGACUAUUCCUGACGGAGUGCGCGCGGUUCGUCGAGCAGCGCGACUUUGACUUCAAGCGAUACAUCGAGUACGCAGACGACCUCGAGCGGGCUGUCAUCUACAAGAUGGAUUUCACCAAGGACAAGCAAGAGAGCGCCAUCUAUGCCUUCACGAUCGUCACGAUCGUCUUCCUGCCUCUGAGCGCCAUCUCCAGCAUCUUUGGGAUGAACACUAGCGACAUCCGCGACCUAGACGCAGGGCAGUGGCUUUACUGGGCGGUCGCACUCCCCGUUACGUUUGGCAUCAUCGUCAUUGGCCUCUGGUGGAUGGGCGAGCUGGGCAGCAUGGUCGGGUGGAUGACGGGGCGCCUGCACAGUCAGUCAAGGCAGGUACGAAGGACCAAGGGCAAGCUGCCAUCAUAUCUGGUAGAAUCUUCGUCGUCCGGAUCGGAUGAAGAUCUCGACAUUCCGAUACGGGCGAGGCGUCGCAUACGGCGGACGCGGUCGGUUGACCUAGCUCCAUGA